GUCCCACGUGCAGCCGGGGCGGAUGUGUUUGGUUUGUUGUGAAGUUUGUGAGUCUUUGAGUCCAACGUGUUUCCGCGGGUGCACCGGGAUGUGCGCGUUACUUUCACCGGCCACAGGGGCCGUGACACCGGCGGAGCACCGAGGGGAGGACAGCGGGGAGGAGGAAGAGCAGAGGGUGACGAAGAGGAAGAUGUCUCUGUCUGGUUGUGUCGUGUGUCGAUCAGAGGAGGCAAAGUACAGAUGUCCUGCUUGUCUUACACAUUCCUGCAGCUUGCUGUGUGUGAAGAAACACAAGGAAAAGUCCGGAUGCAGCGGAGUGAGAGACAGAGCUGCCUUCGUGCCCCUGUCGCAGUUUGAUGAAAUAGCUCUUCUGAAUGACUACAGGUUUCUGGAGGAUACAGGGCGAUUUGCUGAUGGCAGCACCAGGGACCGUCUCAUCAGGGUUCCUCGCACCACUUUUAAAGCAAAGAGGCUGGCAGCCAAUGCCAGAAAGUUGAACAUCACUCUGAGGUUCCUCCCCAUCACCUUCACCAAGAGCAAAGAGAACUCCACCUUCUUCCUUUCAAAGGAAAAACAGUUCAUGUGGCAUCUGAAGUUCAAGUUUAUCCAGAGCAAGACAGAGUUCAGUCAGAGGAGGGUGUCUGACAGUCAAACCUUGAAGCAGCUCCUGACGCCUUACAUCCAUCCCACCGAGUCGGACCCUGUUACUCGCCAGAGGUUGAAGGUGUAUGUGCAAGCCCCGUCCAAUCACGUGAAGGUCUUCUUGAAGGCAGAGGGCAGGAAGGCCAACUCCGUGAGGUACCACGAGUUGGACAUUCAGAAGAGCCUGAGGGACAACCUGAGUUACAAAACCCUGAUUGAAUAUCCUGUGCUGCACGUUGUACUCAGAGAACAUUGGAAGGAGUAUCCUCUAAAAGGAGCAGCUGAUCCUGCGUCAGCCCGGAGUGGUUUUGCAACAAAGGGUGAAGAGGUGGACCACAAGCAGGAAGAUGUGACCAGAGUUUCACCAUCCCCGCUCGGGUCUCACACGACACAAGGAGCCCACAGUCGUGUGGGAGGCCGGGGGACCAGUCCGGAGGCUGAACCUCCACGGGAGAAACGGGCGAGGAGGGAAUCAGGGGAGCAGGAGGUAGAAGAGGGGGAGAUUACAGACAGUAGUGACGAGGAGGAGGAAGAUAAUGCUGCAGAAACUAACUUGCGUGAUAAAAGCUCCACUAGUGACACGCAGGUUAUCACAGAUGAACGUGUGGAUAAAUACGGUGAUAGCAGAAGGGAUCAGAGUGUAAACGAGGACAUCACUGGUUCCACCGAUGAUAUUUCAACUGGCACAGUAAGAGCUGAGGGCAGCAAGACCGGAGAGGAGGCUGUGAAAUAGUCAGCGACUCUUCAUACCAGGUUAAAGCUCCCGACAGCUGUGCAGUGGAACUCUAAUACCCAGAUAUUCAUGAUGAAAUGAUUGAGGACACAUACGCAUCUGACAGGAAGUCAAUCACCUGUGGUUUCAGUAUUUUCACCAAGUGUAUUAUCAUGUAUACAGAGAGAGUUCUUUCAAUGUUGCUGUUCAUAACUUAUAACCUUGUCUGGAAUCAUAAUUUCUUAAAUAAAGAUUUUUGUUUUAUGAAUA